AUGAAGCUUUUUAUAUCGCUAGUCGCGGGCAUAUUGCUCAUUGGCAAAACAACGGCCCUGCCAACUGAGUCCAGUCACCAAAGCUAUCUCCAAGCUGAUGAGUCCACUGCGUCCACCAUCCGGGAUGUUCUCGUCGACAAUAAAAUCAUCGGAGACGUCCUGGACGACUUCCAACCUGACUAUUACCUAGACAUCACCUAUCCUAAGCAUCACGAAGUCGUUUCCUUGGGCAACGACAUUCCCGUCAAGUCCGUCUCAGACCGACCAGUCUUCUUAUUUCGACCCUUGAGUCCCUUGAAGCCCCCUACAGGAGACGAUAAAGACAGCGACAACGACGCCGUCUUCACCCUCAUCUUGACCGACCCGGAUGCAAAGUCACGCGACAAUCCCAAAUGGUCCGAGAUGUGCCACUGGAUCAUUACCAAUCUGACCGAUCCGACACGAGAACCACCGCCUCCGCCAUUCUUCGAGUCACCCCAACUUCUUGGCUUGCAAUCUGGGGAAGUCGAAAAGUACCUCCCACCAGGCCCACCCCCAAGAACCGGACCGCAUCGAUAUGUUUUCGUGCUGCUGAAGGGUGAUUCGCACCUUGUCAAGGCUCCCAAGGACAGAAAACAUUGGGGAUAUGGGAAGGUUCGCCAUGGCGUCAGAGACUGGGCUGCAGAGAACAACCUGACAGUCAUGGGAGCGAAUUUCUUUUACGCCCAGAAUGUGAAGCAGUAG